AUGAACCUCGAGCAUAAACAAGUCAAUUUCAAAGAGGUGGCCCUGUAGAGAUACCGGCGUACGGGGGCAAGUGUAAGAGCAGCGAAGGGAGUCACCAUUACCCACAUACACACGGAAGGGCGUCACGGGAUGAAGGACCAGGGCGAGGCGUUCGGCCACACCGGGGUGGAUGAAGUUGUGGGUGCUCCCACUGUCCAAGAGAACCUGAACGGCUGCCCCAUUGACGGAUCCGGCCAAUUUGAGGGAACAGGGACUCAGGCUCCCGGACAUAGAGUGAAUACUGGACACGUCACCGGAGAUGACGGGAGUAAAGUCGUCCUGGUCCGCGGGGCUGUCGCCUGUAAGGGGCGGAUCUUCGGAGUCGGGACCCAUAAGCACCAAGAAUCGUCGUCGACAAUUAUGAAAUCGAUCCCACUUUUCAUCACAAUACCAGCAAAGGCCUUUUUUGCUACGUUCUGCUUUCUCGGCGGUGGAGACGACCACCACGGGAAAAGAAAGGGUGAUUACGACGUUGGUUUCAUCAACGAAGAUGUAACCAUGUUCACUGUGAAGUACCGUGCUCCGAAUGGAAGUUUAUAUCAAGGAUAUGAGUUUCAGGUAAUGGUAGAGUUGGAAGAUGGAUAUCCUACCAAGCCACUCAUCGUCUACUUUCAGACAAAAAUUCUGCACCCGAAUAUUGAUUAUGACUCUGGGUUUAUAUGUGUCACCUCACUUGAUAAUGAGGAGUGGGAUCCUAGAUCUGAACUUAGCCACAUCUUUGAUUACAUGCUGCCCCAUGCGCAGAGGUUUGCGAGCUCCAUGCGCAGAGGUCGUGAUGGCAAUGGAGAUGUUUUGGAUUACCCGCUUUUUCCAUUCCCCCGCUUAUAUGAGGGUUUCCCAUUCCGUGUUUCAUCCCACUCUACGAUUCCCCCACCCCUGCUCCGUUUCUUCCUCGCCAGUGCUGCCACACAUCUUCUCGCAUGCAGCAUCCGCCGCAGGAACAAAGGAAAUUCUAUUCCCUUUCUUGUACUGAACCAAACAGACUAAGUAAUUCAGGAGUAAUCAAUCUCUUUCGUGUUUCCUUUCCCUUUCCUCAUCAUGAACCAAACGCCCCCUUAAAGUUUUGGAGGCUGAUUGAGAUAGAGAUCAGAGAUAUAAGGAUUCACAAAUAUAUCUGCUCAAACAAAUAGGGAGAAGAACUUGCGAAUCAUUGGGAAAACGGAAGGAGAACUUUGUUGCUUCCAAUUCCAACCUUUUUUAUUAUUAUCCAACGGCCGGAGAAAAGUUCACCCCAAGGCCAUUGAAACAGGUCUGAGCUGUGACGUCCAUGUGGUGGUGUUGCUGGCGUUAUCAUAAUCAAAUGUGUGCUUCUCUAUAAAUUCCCGAAGGAGAAAACAUGAGUAUGAUAUACAGCAGCUGUGCUUAUACAUUUCCUUGCCACUUUUCAGCACUAGUACAAAAACAGAUCUCAAGCGUUAAGGUGAUUGGUUCCCUUCAAAUUCAGUUUUUGAAGUACCGUUCUCCUCGCAAAAAGACCGAGAAGAAUGCAGUGACAACUCAAAAGGAAAGAAAAAUGAUCCUUGCUC